AUGUGGCCUCGAAUUCAGCUGCCGUGGUUUCUCUGCAGCUUAAUCUUCGCAGGUGUUGCCGUGACGCUCUCAGCGGAUGUGUGCCACGGAGAAGAAUGUCACCUUAUACUUCUACAGCAGAAGAAGGCUCUGCACAGCACGCUCCAGGAACAGGAUAACGACAAUGACGGCCCCGCAGAGGAGGCCGUCCUGGGAUACCUGCUCGACACGAUGCGCAAGGCUCAGGAGGAGCAGGCGCGACAGCAGGCAGUGGCGCAGUGGGUAGCUUCCCACCAGCAAGGUGAAAACGGCAGCAAUUCCACUGCGGCUGAGAACAUGGCAAGCAACAGCAGUGGCAACAGUAGUGACAGCAAUGCCUCUGACAGCAAUUCCACGGAGAGCAACGCCACCGAGAGCAACAGCACGGACGGCAACUCCACCGAGAGCAACGCCACCGAAAGCAACAGCACGGAGGGCAACUCCACCGAGAGCAACUCCACCGAGAGCAACUCCACCGAGAGCAACUCCACGGAGAGCAACGCCACCGAGAGCAACACCACAGAGGGCAACUCCACCGAGAGCAACGGCACGGAGGGCAACUCUACCGAAAGCAACAGCACACAGGGCAACUCGACCGAGAGCAACUCCACCGAGAGCAAUGCCACCGACAGCAACAGCACGGAGGGCAACUCCACCGAGAGCAACUCCACCGAGAGCAACUCCACCGAGAGCAACUCCACGGAGAGCAACGCCACCGAGAGCAACACCACAGAGGGCAACUCCACCGAGAGCAACGCCACCGAGAGCAACGGCACAGAGGGCAACUCCACCGAGAGCAAUAGCACGGAGGGCAACUCUACCGAGAGCAACGCCACCGACAGCAACAGCACGGAGGACAACAGCACGGACAAAGGCUCGUCCAAGAAUGCCACGAGCGAAGGCAAGGAGAACAGCACGAAAGCCACGAACGCAAGCAGCUGUCCCUCGGUUUUUGAGGGGGAUCGGAGCAGUGAGGGAGGCCCUGAGAUUCGGAUCGGUCUUGGAGGUCGUGAUGACAAGUACUGUUCACAGGAGAAUAUCUGCGUGGCAGCAGUCGCGCGUUUCACCCUGUACGUCUGCGAUUUGGAGCGGAAGGAUGUGAACUUCGACCUGAUCAAGGUGGAGGGCAAGGUGGGCGGCAAGUUGGAGGACACCUGCCUGAUCCAGGGCAUUGUUGUCGACAAGGACUUUAGUCAUCCACAGAUGCCGAAACAGGUCAAGGAUGCCAAAAUGGCAAUCCUGACGUGCCCGUUCGAGCCACCGAAGCCAAAGACAAAGCACAAGCUCGACAUCCGCACCGGUGAGGAUUACAAGAAGCUGUACGAGCAUGAGCAGAAGUACUUUCGCGAGCAGAUCCGACUCAUCCAGGAGUCAGGUGCAAAUCUUGUGAUUUGCCAGUGGGGCUUCGAUGACGAGGCCAACCACCUGCUCUUCCAGAACAAGCUUCCAGCUGUGAGGUGGGUUGGUGGUGUGGAGCUAGAGCUCAUCGCCAUCGCCACUGGCGGGAGGAUCGUUCCACGUUUUGAGGAGUUGACUGCCGACAAGCUCGGAAAGGCAGGGCUGGUCCGCGAGGUCACCUUCGGCACGAUGAAAGAGCAAAUGCUCAUCAUCGAGGAGUGUGGCAAGAGCAAAGCGGUCACCGUGCUUGUUCGUGGUGGCAACCAGAUGGUAGUGGACGAGGCGAAGAGAUGUCUCCAUGAUGCAAAUUGCUGCGUCAGGAAUCUAAUUCGAGAUCCGCGAGUUGUUCCCGGAGGAGGAGCCAGCGAGAUGGCUGCUUCCUUGGCAGUUCUGGCAGCUGCAGACAAGGAGCUCUGGAGCUCUGGGGACUUGGCUGUAGUCCGGAGGGAUGUGCUGCCGGGCCAGGAGUUCAAGACUUUCGAAUGA